GACUGUCUCAUUCACAGUGACCACACAGAAUCCGGAUAAUAAUAACACAUGCUACACGCUAGUGAAGUCAAUCUUUCUUACUAGGCAACUUACAAUCUAAAUUUGUCGACAAUUGUAGUUCAAAAUUCACAAAAUUUUUUUUCCCCUCUUAAUUCAAUAAAAUAGAAAAUUACAAAAAAAUAUUUCCAAAUAAAAAAAGUGAAAUUUAAAAUAUCCUCCUCUUGCAAAUAACAAUGGAUGACGAAAUAGUGAAUGAUAAAAAAAUGACAGAAAAUACAGAUGAUAUAGAUGAAGACUCAAAAUUAUGGUUAGAGGAAUAUUUAAUACCAAAAUUAAAAGUAGUAUUAAAUCAUGAAAAUAGUGUAACAAAAUACGAGGUAAAAAGUUCCGAGCCAUUACUUAUGUCAAGUAUGAUAUUUCUCGAAUUAAAAUUAAUUGAUAAGAGGGAAGAAAAAAAUUUUCGUCUCGUACUAAAACGACCCCAUAGAAUUGAAUUGAUGAGACAAGUUUUUCAAGCCGAUAAAUUUUUUCACAAUGAAAUUUUAUUUUAUGAAAAAUAUCAAAAAAAUAGCAAAGACUAUCCAAAAUGUUUCUAUACAGAUGAAGAUCCACCGAUAAAUUCUGUGAUUGUCAUUGAGAAUAUUAACGAAAAUGGAUAUUAUCAGUGUCCCGAGAAGGUGAAUUUAAAAAUGAAAUACAUUGUCGCAGCAAUGCAGGAAAUUGGUAAAUUUCAUGCCAAGGCCUAUGUACUUAAACAUAAAUCGCCAAGGGAAUUUUUUCAAAUAGUCAAUAAUAUUCAAGAAACAAGAUAUGAAUAUAGAGAGAGAAAUUUUUUUCCAAUUAUGAUGAACAAUUUAAUGCCAAGAAUUAUUAAGUGUUUACGUGAUAAAAAUUAUGAUACAGUGUUUUGUGAUGGAGCUGAGAAAUUUUUUGAAAAUGCAUUUGACAAUUGUAUGCGAGUUGCAUUGAAUUCAAAAAUGUCAUUAGCCACACUUUGUCAUGGUGAUUUUACGGUGAACAAUGUUUUUUUCAAAGAAAGUGAAUUUGGUGUUAAAGCAAUGCUUUUUGAUUUUGCAAUGAUAUCCUAUGGUUCACCUGCUAUUGAUCUUUCGACAUUUAUUUAUUUAAGCAUGUCACCAGAUGAUAUACGAACAAAAUUUACACAAGUUUUUGAUGCCUAUUACAAUUCAUUGAUGGAUUAUUUUAAAGAAAUUAAUUUUUCAGAAAUGCAUUCCAAAGAAUUUUCAAAAGAAAAUUUUUUAAACAACUAUAAAAGAUAUGCAAUUUUUGGUUUUAUGAUUGCCAGUUUUUAUUUACCAAUUAUGCAUGGAGUGGAAUUGCCAAAUUUUGAUUUUUCCACAGAUAUGGAAAAUGCCGCGGAACAUUUUAAAGACAUUGGUGGCGAUAAAUUUAGAGAUCUUUUGAUGGAAAUAUUUUUGGAUAUGAGAAAUAGUGGUUGUUUAGAUCAUAUUGUGAGCAAUAAAGAAUUAAAUAAUAAGCUAUAGAUUGUAAAUUAUAAUAAAUAAUAAGAUGUAAAUAUAGAAAAAAAUAGAAUUUUGUCAAAAUUGAAAA